AUGGUAAUUCUUAACAGCUUGUAUGUCAAUAGGAGAAAGGAGUUAUGGGAAUCACUGGGGCACAUAGCUGAACAACACUCUCAUCCUUGGCUGAUAGAUGGUGAUUUCAAUGUUAUAUUGUCAUGGGAGGAGAAGCUCGGAGGUCUUCCUGUUUUCUACCAAGAGAUAGAAGAUUUUACAAAUUUCAUUACUGUGUGUGAAUUGACAGACAUGGGUUACAUAGGCAGCACUUAUACAUGGUGGAAUGGGAGGACAGAUGAUGCAUGUAUUUUCAAAAAACUUGAUAGAGUGUUGACAAAUCAAAAGUUACAAGAUGAAUUCCCCAAUACUAGUGUUAAACAUCUUAUCAAGAAAGGAUCAGACCAUUCCCCUUUGGAGAUUCAAUGUUCACAGACUCACGAAGAAAUCAUAAGGCCAUUUAGGUUCUUAAAUUUUUGGACAAAACAUGCUGGUUUUCUGGACAUGGUGAGAACACAUUGGCAUACAGAUUUCACUGUUGCAUCAGAAACUAAAGAAAAUGAAAGUUUACAGAAGACUGCUUUCCAGAAAAUUUUCGCACGAGUUAUCAGUGAAGAGCAAAAUGAGUUAAUUCGCAGAGAAUCAUGUGAAGAUGAAGUAAAGAAUGCUGUUUUUGCCUUGAAUGGGGAAAGUUCCAGUGGUCCAGAUGCACAAGGUUUUUCCAAGUUGACCAGAGGAGUGAAACAAGGAGAUCUUUUAUCCCCUACUUUGUUUGUCAUAGCUGCAGAAGCCUUAACUAGGAGCUCGAAUGCUCUUAAUGGGAAUGAGGAUUUCAAAAGAUUUGGAAUACCAAAAUGGAGUCCAGAGGUCAAUCACCUUGCAUAUGCAGAUGACACUAUUUUGUUUACUUCAGCAGAUAAAAAGUCAAUGAGGCUAAUGACUAAAGUUCUGAAGAAAUAUGAAAGGGCCUCCGGUCAGAUGAUUAAUCUUGAAAAAAGCAAUUUCUCUGUUCAUGACAAGGUUCUAGUAGGUAUAAUUUCCAGAAUUAAGGUGAUGACUAAAAUCAAGCAAGGAAACAGAAUUCAAACUUGGCAAGGAAAAAUGCUAUCUUAUGGAGGGAGAGCAGUUUUGAUCAAACAUGUCCUACAAGGCAUGCUAAUACACCUGCUAUCUGUUUUAAACCCUCCUAUUGGAGUAAGUUGUUUGCAUAGAAUUUUGGCAAGAUUUUUCUGGAAGCAUACAGAGGAUACCCAAGGAAGAAGGAGAUCUUUGAUAGAUGUUUCAAAUGCUCUAUUUUGUAAGCUGUGGUGGAACUUUAGGAGUAAACCUUCCAUAUGGGGAUCUUUUAUGGCAAAUAAGUACAGCAAGAAACUCCAUCCAGUUAUAGCACAGAGCACACAAGCAUCUACAAUCUGGAAGAAGAUGAUUCUGGUGAGGGAACUUGUUGAACAUCGAAUAUGGUGGCAAAUGAAGAUGGGAUGUUCUAGUUUCUGGUUUGACAACUGGACAUCAUUGGGGGCUCUGUAUCAUAUCCUACCAGAAGCAGAUGAUGAAGAAGUAGAGGGGUGGAAUAUUCAGAAGUUAAGAGGAUAUCUUCCUAAUGAAUUUGUCCAGCAAAUCAUAAGGAAAAUCCCACCACUAAAAGUUAUUAAUGCCAAUGAGUCACCCUGUUGGAUGCUUGAAUCAAAUGGAAAAUUCUCAGUUAAAAGUGCUUGGGGGUAUAUCAGACGGAAAGAGGAAAAGAGGAUAUCUUCAGAUACAUUUGGGCAAAAAAUUACCUUACAAGAUGUCUUUUUUUGUAUGGAGGGUUGGAAAUUUAGGAUCCCAGUGGAUGAUCUACUACAGAGGAUGGGAAUUCAUGUGGUCUCCGGGUGUUGCCAGGAACCUAAACAGGAGACACUGUCUCACAUUUUUCUAACCUCCUCCAUAGCCUCAAAACUAUGGAGGUCUUUUGCUAAUUUUGCAGGUAUAAACAUUGAUGGAUUACAACUUUUUCAGGUCUUUCACAAAUGGAGGACAAUCUAA